AUGGCAAAGACUAAUGUCCGAUUACUGUUGUUGCAUCUCUUGGCAUGUACCACAACUGCUUCCACCUUCCGACCAAUCGUCAACACAACAAAUGGCACGCUUGUUGGGGUCAGGAACACACAAUACGACCAGGACUUCUUCUUAGGCGUUCCGUAUGCCCAGCCACCUAUUGAGAAUCUUAGAUACAAACGUCCCGAGCCCCUUGCCCGCCCCUGGGAGCAGCGAGAUGCUAUCGAAACCGGCCCAUGGUGCCAUUCCGCGCCUCUAGUUCUGCCCGUGUUUUCUCAGACAGGAUUCUCUCACGAGGAGAACGAAGACUGCUUGACUCUCAACGUUGUGCGGCCAGCCAGUGCCCACAACGACUCCAAGUUUCCUGUCCUUGUCUACAUACAUGGCGGAGGCUUUCAGGAGGGAAGCGGCGCGGAUCAGAGAUAUAACAUGUCCUUUUUGGUACAAGAAUCGGUUAACGUUGGAGCACCAAUCAUCGGAGUCACCAUCAAUUACAGAAUUUCCGGCUUUGGCUUCUUGCCUGGUAGCGUGUUACGCCAGUCCGGAGCUACGAACCUAGGAUUGCACGACCAACGAUUGGCACUGGGUUGGAUCCAAGAUAACAUUGCCGCUUUCGGUGGUGAUUCAUCUCAAGUUACGAUACAAGGCGAAUCUGCGGGUGCGUUAUCUAUUGGAGCCCAUUUUCUCGCGUAUGGAGGACGUGACGACGGCCUUUUCCGCGCAGGCAUAGUCCAGAGUGGUGGACCGGCAUCAAUCGGCCUGGCUAUAUCUUUGCAGGAACAGGAUAGCCUCUACAACGACGUGCUCAAUCAGACUCGCUGUAUAGGCUCAAACGACACACUCGAAUGCUUGAGAGGCACUCCUGUCGAAACGCUCAAAGCCGCUUUCCAAGGAGUAUCGUACUUGCCUGCUCAAGACGGAGAUAUCGUUGUAGAGAACCCGUUUGGGGCCUUGAAAGAGGGAAGAUUUAUACAACGACCUAUACUGUCUGGUACGAACACGAACGAAGGAACCUCGUUCGCUAUCAGUGAAGGCCUAAGUGUAAACAGUACCACUGAGUUUCGAACAGCCAUUUCAGGAUAUUUGGGCAAAGAUGUAGCCAACACGACCGUUGACGCUGUUGUCGCUGAGUACCUUGAGCGAUUGUCGCCAGGAGAAAUCCAAAGUUCUCUCGGCAUCGUGCUGCCUUCGCCCCGUCCGGAUUACGGGGCUCUCUACGGAAGAGCCACCUUGUUCAGAGGAGAUCAGCUCUUCAUCGCUCCGAGACGCUUUGAUACCAGUAUGUGGGCUAAACACGGCAUUCCUGCUUACAGCUAUCGCUUUGAUACUGUGCCGAGUGGUGUUUCACCCGAGACCCUAGGUGCUGCCCAUUAUGCAGAGAUUCCUUUUGUCUUUCGCAAUGUCAAUGGUGUUGGACAUGAACUCAACUUUCUUGCAUCUAAUGUCACAGAGGAACGCGAUGAGUAUCUCCAACUAAGUAAACGCAUGAGCCUAAUGUGGUUGAGCUUCGUCAACGAGCUCUCGCCGAAUGCUCAUUAUGGGUGGCGACCUAUACAAAACUACACCAUGCCUGCUCCCCACGCACAGCCACUUGCCUAUAGCAUUGCUCAGGAUGCGAUCCGUUUGGUUCAAGCUAAAGAGCAAACUGAAGCCGACAAUAGGAAUUGGCUCGCCUGA